AACGGGUGGUGUGACAGGUGGCCAGUGAGUUUUGUCACGAUAAGUCAAAGGCAUAUCGAGUUAUUAGCAUUUAUAAAACGGGUAGCUCAAAUCGAGCGAUCUGAUUAGUUCAUAACCUUGGUAUAUUGAGCAUAUACCACGGCUAUGAUGUCGAAUCAGUUUGCACAUGUAUCACUCUGCGACUGAGGAAGUAACAACGUAAGCAGACGUGAGUAGCGACGGAGCGAUGUCGGCGAACCCAGCUGUCGUCUCGUAGCCGUUUUUGAGGAACGCUACAGUGUGUUGCAUAGCAACCACCGUGCACUGUGCAAGCAGCCAGGAGGGACAACUUUUUUGUAUUUGUUAAAAAAAAUGCUUUUUGAAGAAAAAUCCAAAUUGAUUAGCUCACAAUUUUGUCACCUGGCACGUUAGUGAUUCAUAGGUUUUUUGUGGAGCACAUUGAAUUUGACAUGUGUGGCAAAUUUCAGUCAAAGUCAAUUGGAGUCAUGUUGUGAGGGGCGUGGUCUUUCCCAAAUUUUAUUUGGGGGGCCUUUGUUACAGCGCCACCAUGUGGCCAAUUUGGAUACGUAGGGUUUUAGGAGCCAACACACAUAAUUUUCAUAGUUAUUGAGCAAAGUUUCGUUCUUGGCUUAUUCCCUCUCACUGGAAUUUUAGGUGCGGCGGAAAGAGUAUAAUAAUGAGUUUUAUGGACCAAAACAAAAACACAAAACGAAAAUAGACAUUUUACUUAAUUAAUUAAGUAUUUUACUGAAGGAUCUGAACACCUCUAUUUCCACAUCUGGACUCAGAUGUACUGGACUUACAUACACACCUCAACUAAUAUUUUGCUGUAAAUGAAAACAGCCUCCAGUUCAGCCUGUUUUGGAAAUAAACUUCCUCUUGCAGCCUUGUUGUGAGGCUGACAAUAUAAACACUUUGCAGAGGACCAGUGUCCAUCCAAGUCCUGUAUGAUCUUCCCACGGUCCUUGCGCUUGAUACAUAAACAAAUUGUAACAUAAUUUCAUAAACAACGCCCUGUGACUCACAGAAUAAUUGCCGGAGACGAGCAUCGACCCAGACCAUCCACUUCCAGGUGUGCGCAAAAGCGCAAAAUGAGCGUUGAAGGAUCCCCGUGGCGCAAUGGCGCAUCGUCAGAGAAGACGCGCAUGUCGUUCUUUCUCUCUCGACAUUUAAAAAAAAUCCAGCAGAGACGCGAAGACUGCCUGCACACAUAUUGUUCUUACCGACUGUUACUCAGGUUAAAAAGGAUUCGGCCAUUUAAUAAUUUGAUGCGGAGGCAUUUGGUUGAAAUUACGCACGAUUUGCAACCAUGGAGAUAGUCAAACUCGUUCUGAUACUUGUGCUGCUUGUCACGAAGGUUUUCUGUCAAGAAGUGGAUGUUGACAACUGGAGAGAAAGACGAGAAGAGAACAAAUGGCCAAACUCUAAUGUAAUUCAAGAUAUAGUGAGAAUGAUCAGAAAGCCAGGACUGCGCCAGUACCCCGGACUCAUGGGGAAGAAAGACUCUGCAAAGGUACAGACAGCACGUAAACGACACAAAUUUCAAACCUUUGUGGGUCUGAUGGGGAAAAGAAGCUUUGAGGAUCAAGAGGCCCCGAGAGCCGCGCAGAGGACUGAAGAUUACUGAGGAAAAAUAAUAUUUGUUUUCCUGCUUUGUUUUAUUUAAGAUUGACAGCAAAAAGUUUUUAUUUUGUCCUCCCACUGUCAUUGUUUCAUAAAAAAUAUCACGUGUAAUAAUAGUUAAGACUGUGAGCAACAAGUGACAUCUAGUGGCGGAAUUAAUGUAGUGAAAAACGUAAUAGUUCAAUGAUACAUAAAUUGUGAUGUCAAAUAACCAUUAGACAAUUUUUCCACAAUAAAAUCAUCUCACUACUCAAUAUCAUCACAGGUUUAUUAAGUGACUUUGUACAAUACAAAUGAAAAAUAAAAUUAAAAAUACAGAGAUGGGAGUACAUAGCCAAAGCAAACUGCGGUGUCGACACUUUAUUUCCCUCUGAUCACUUUUCCGCAGUGAUUAAAUAUUGUUUUUCUCUUUCCAACACGACCCGGAUCACUGUCACUUGUCAAAGUGUGUGUAAUUCUUUUUUCCCCCGAAACAGUGGACGCUGCUGUCAAGUCUCUGAAAGUUUUCUGAACAUACAAAAGAAGUUAUUACUUCAGCUGGCUCGGUAAAUAUAUAAAAAUAAACUAAAGUGAAAUAUAACACUUAUGAAAUUAUAAAUGGUGGUCAAAGGCUAGUGGAGAUAGCGAAAUGCAGGAUAAAGAAAGUGUAACAAAAAAGACAAAAGAAGAAGCUUUAGCCAUUUAAAAAGAAUGUCAAUUAAAAAAGGCCCAAGGUGCAUUUUCCAAAAUGUUUUUCUGUUCACACCGUUUCAUCUUAGGCUAAUGGUUUAUCAGGUACACACACACAAAAAAAAAGGAUUAAUUAAUGCCUUGUCUUCUUCAGUGUCGAAGAUCAGGUUAACGUUCAUAUACUGUUUCUGUCAUUUUUAUCCUGUAAACAAAUAGAAUUCACCAUAACUUGAUUGUACAACAUUCAGACGUGACUCAUGGGUAUUUUUUUUGUCUUAACUCUCCAUGAAACUCUACCCAUCAGUCAUUUAAAAGCAACCUUGGGGGGGGGGGAGCAAUAUUCAGUUAUAACAA